AUGGAAAAAGUUCCAGAGCAAAGAUUAGGACUGCAAAGCUUUGCAGGAAAAGAAUUUCUUGCAGAUGUAACACUAUCUGUUGGUGAUGCGAACUAUAAAGCACACAAAAUUGUUUUAGCUGCUGCGAGUGAAUACUUUUACAGGACUUUCCAAGAUCCAUCUAAAAACGCCAUCCAAGUUCCAGAGCCAAUAGAACCGAAAACAGCAAUUAUGAGACCAAAAGAUGUUUUUCCAACAAUACUAAAAUACAUUUACUCUAAUCAAUCUACUCAAUGCUUUGGGCCUGACAAUUUAAAUGCAACGACUGGAUUUACAAUAUUCUCAAUGGCUCAUAUUUUGGAAAUCCAAUCACUUGUAGAGUAUACUGGACAUUUUAUAGCUGAUUCGCUACUAAACGCAGAGAACGGUGCUGAUAUUCUUUAUGAAGGAAUUAAAUAUGAUAGUAAAAGUUUAUGCCUUAUUAAGAUAAGAUGGUCAAUUAGCAAAUAGUAUUGAUGCAUAUAGCCCAAGCCUUAUUAUGCCUUAAGUUGUGUUGGCGACUCCUGGUGUCUCCAAGAGAUUGGACGAGCAAACUCCCUGGGUGGCAAAUCCACCUGGCAUUGGAGAUUUGCCACCCAAAGAGUUAGUUUGUCAAUUCUGGCUGACUUCGGGAGUCGUCAGUGCAACCCAAUGCAUAAUAUGGCUCCGGGUAUAAGCAAAUAACAAGCUCGAAAUGAUAUAAAUAAGGCAUAAUAUCAGCUUCAUUAGAAAAAAUUAUCCAAAACUUUGAGCUCAUUUCAAGAAAACCAAGUGGAAUUGAAUCUCUUACUAAUUUACCUUGCGAAUAUGUAAAACUUAUAUGCCAAAGCAAUGAACUAAACGUAAAAUCUGAAGGAAUUGUAUAUGCAUUUAUUUGCAGUUAUCUCAUGAAAAGGGAAAAUUUAGAGGUAAAAGAAGAAAUCAAAAAGGAAGAAGAAAAGAGCAAAGCAAAAGAAGAAGGAAAAAAGGAAGAAAGCAAAAAGAAAGAAGCGGAGGAAGAAAAGCAGCCACAAGCUAAAAUAGAAGAUGUAAAAGAAAUUGCAAAAAAUAAACUCGAAAUCAAAAAAUUGACUGAUCAAGACAAAUUAGAAUUAUUGGAAAAAAUUAGAUGGCCAUUUCUCACUCACGCAGAACUUCUGCAAGCUGCAACAAAUCAAUUAAUUGCGGUUGGAAAAGAUUUAGUGCUGGAAGGGUUAUCAGUGCAACUAUCAGCCCAUGAAAAAGGAACUGUAAAGCCUUAUUCCUACAGAGUAAGCAGAAAUCCAAGAAAAUCCUAUAAAGACCUUGAAAAGCCAGAAACAAAAGAAAAAGUUGUUGAUGAAUUAAAUGACAUAGAUUUGAGGAAUCCUCAAGAUGAAGAUGAAAAGCAAGAUAUACCUCAAGCUCAAACUCAAAAAGAAGAGCCUUGAAACUGGCCAACUCAGCUUUUGCGGCAAAGCCUUCCUACUUUUAAUCCUAAAUUUUCUCCCCCAAAGCCUCCACAAAAAUUUGCUCAAAGCUUCAGGCUACCUAAUGAGAAAAAUAAACUCGAGAAUCCUACAGAAUUCGUAUACUCCUAUGAUUUUGAUGAAAAUGGAGCUAUUUACUUCUUAGCUACCAAUGGAAAAUCAACUGCAUGGGCAAAUCCUCAUAUUUCUGGCCAAGUACAAGUUUUUGCUUCAAGCAUUGGAUAUGGCAGAUUAGAAGACUUUGUAGGAAGAUAAGCCAUAAUAAUAAAAUGGCUACAUUCAGGAAUGACUUUCUCCAGAAAACCUUUCUUCCUCGCGAAUUUUACUAUUAUGGGUUCAGUUAAUCAGGUGGACCUUCAUCCACAAUACCAAACAUGGCUUAUCCAAUAGAGUAAGACAUUCAAGCCCACAAAUUUUAGGACAUACAGGAGUUUACUGCUUGACGCACCCAAGGAGUGUGACCCUUAGGUGGAACACAUACAGGAGUCAAGUUAUAGGUGAGGCAGCGAGUCCCGUGUAUUUCUGGCCACUAAGGCUAAUUGUUGUUUUGGGAUAUCCUCACCAUUUUGGGAGACGUCGGCACUUUUGACAAUAAAAUUAAUCUACAAAAGGAUGGGCUCGCACAUACCUAAAUCAUCCUGCUAAAGAAGCUGGCAUGCUAAACACUAGGUAAUUAAUUUAAUGUAGGAAGAUCAGUCACAAAUUUAAGGACUUUGAAUGAAAUCGGCUCAUUUUUCGGGAUUGAUUUUGGGCCAGGGAAGCUGCUCAUGCCGACAUCAUAUACAAUUAGAAAUAGAAACUCCUCGAGCCAUGUGUGCUUGAACUGGCAACUGGAAGGGUCAGUUAAUAAGACAGAUUGGACUGUGUUGGAUAGGAGAAUUCAUUAUUCAGGAGAUAUUCAGUAUGAUUCAAAUUUAGAAGGAGAGAGACAAGCUUUAAAGCAGCGUGGUGCUACUUCGACAUGGGGAAUUGAGCUAAAUGCAAAUGAUUUGAAGAUAAAAGGAUACAGGUGCUUUAGGAUUGUGCAGAUCGAUAGAAAUUCUUCAGGGUCUUACAAUUUAGCAUUGUCCGGGUUCGAAAUUUAUGGCUAUGCUUCCGGUAAAUGGAUUUAA